CUAAACAAGCGAAGUGGCAGUGCGCCUGCGCAGUAGGCAACUGUGCGCUGAGCAUUGUAGAGCUGUCAGCGGCAGCUCAAGCAGCCAUUGAACGCCAUUCGCUGUCCUUCAUACAAAUACCUUUCUGACGUCAUUUCGUGAUUUCCAUGCGUGGUAUAACUGGCCUUGAUAUACAGUUUUGCUAUAAUUUUUCUUCUGACUGACAUCUUCAUUGCCCCUAAUGGCAUCUUCAUCAUGGUUUUCCAAGUUCCUCUUUAUGGGAGGAAGACACAGCCCAUCACUUGUCCCAAUGUUUCCCAAGUGUAAACAGAUCAAUAUCUAUUGAGCACAUUAGACUUAAUAUCACUGGCCUUAAAUGAGAAAGAAUCAGAAGAAUUGAACUAUCAGAAUGUCAUUUCUGAGUAAUCUUAAAAAGGUCCUCCACAUUGGAGGGGCCAAUGAAGCAAAGAAGAAGAAAGUUUACAACAAUAUUAAAAUGGAUUGCAACCCUGAAGAAUUCUGGGAUUUAAUCGGGGAACUAGGUGAUGGUGCCUUUGGAAAAGUCUACAAGGCUCAACAUAAACUGACUAAUUACCUUGCUGCUGCCAAAAUGUGCGCCCUGAAAGAAGAAGAUGAUUUAGAUGAUUUUCUUAUUGAAAUUGAUAUUCUCUCUGAAUGCAAGCAUCCUAAUGUUGUUGAAUUGCAUGAAGCUUUCUUCAAUGCUCGCAAGCUUUGGAUGCUUAUUGAAUACUGUGAUGGCGGUGCUCUAGACUCAAUAAUGGUUGAGCUUGAGAAGCCAUUAAAAGAACCAACCAUUGCUUUUGUCUGUCAACAGAUGUGUGAAGGUUUAAAGUUCUUGCAUAGUAAUAAAGUUAUCCACAGAGAUUUGAAGGCUGGCAAUGUUUUAUUGACUAUGGCGGGAGGAGUUAAAUUAGCUGAUUUUGGAGUUUCAACCCGUAAUAAAUACACUCUUCAAAAGCAUGACACUUUUAUUGGAACACCAUACUGGAUGGCUCCAGAAGUUGUCAUGUGUGAAACAUUCAGAGACAAUCCGUAUGAUUUCAAGGUUGACAUCUGGUCUUUAGGUAUAACUCUUAUAGAAUUUGCUCAAAUGGAACCACCAAAUCAUGAAAUGUCUCCCAUGCGAGUGUUGCUUAAAAUCCAGAAGUCUGACCCACCAAAAUUAGAGCAACCAUCCCGUUGGACAAAAGAUUUUAAUGACUUCAUUGCGAAAGCACUGACCAAGGAUCCUGUUCACAGACCAACUGCAGAAGAUUUGCUCAAGCAUCCAUUUAUUGCUGGAGAGCUUGACUCAAAGCCUGUUCGAGAUCUUCUUCUUGAGUACAAAGCUGAUGUUGUUGAGGAAGAAGUUGUGGAUGAAGAAGCAGAGGAGCAUCGCACCUCCCGGCUUCCUCUGGACCUGGACACGGGCGAAGAUGACGCUGCAUCUAUGAAGAGUGAUAACGAGUUAAAAACACCUGAAGCUGGUGGCAAGGAGGCUGAUGGUCUCAAACGAGAAUCAGACAAAACAGAAGAUCCAGGGCGUAAGAAAUUCAAACCUGAAGAACCAACGGUUGAAAAAGUUGCCCCAAACAAACCCUCUGAUGAGCGCAAACCCUCUCGUGAAAAAGGACCAGCCCCUCCUCCGCCUCAAGCUAAAGAACUGCGAUCACCAACCGAACUCUCGCCUCAACCCUCCAUAGAACCUAUAACUUCAAGUCUUAGAGACGACACUGAUGCCCAUGUACCUCCACCAAUGUCAGUUCCCCUUAAGGAAUCUAACUCAACCAAAACAGAUAGAAUGCAUGAAACCAAAACUCCUAAAGAUGCAAAGACUCUAAAGAACGAGAUACAAUCUGUAGAUUUGGUUGCUGUUGCACCUUUACCUGUUCCACACGCAACAUCCUUGCCCUCAGCUAAUCUACCCAAAGAAGGUGAUAGCCCACCAUUAAUUGAUGGUUCAGGGUUACCAUCAAACAGUGCUGUUUCACCAGUCGCAAGUGAUGUCAACAGCCCAAACAGCACCAGCACCUUAGGUGCUUCAGUACAGUUGCCAGAAGCAAACAAGUCACUAAUUACAAUCAAUACAAGACCUCAAACAGAAGACAGCAGUACUCCAUCACCUCCGGGAGGUGUUUCUCAAAUAACUGUGGUGACAACUCAUCCUCCUGUCAUCUUACCUCCAAUUGACUCACAAAAUUCUCCUCAUCUUAGACCAACACAUCAAGAAAGCAAAGUAUCCAGCAGGCAAAAUGAUAAGAAUGCAAAACGACGGUCAGUGGUUUCUGAUGGUAAAAGCAACAACAAGGCCCCAACUACAAGACCUCACUCUGUUGCUUAUGAUCAUGACCGCUCCUCUCGUGAAACUAAAGGAAUUGUGAAGAGUGAUGAGAAGCUAGAGGAUGAAGUUCAUACUCCGAAAUCUGAGGUAGUAAUCAUUGCUAACAAAACCAACAAGACAAGAAUCAAUGAAUCACUUCUUGCUGAGGAUUGCUUUGAUUCGUUGGAGUACCCACCACAGGACGAUGUCAUUCACAAUACCUCUGCUAUUGGUGGUCAGCGUCUAGAUGAGAGUGAAGUGUUUAUUGCCAAUUCUAGUAUUGUUGCUAAUGACAGUGGCCUUGCAGAUGGGGGUAGGCAUGACACAAGUCAUGUCUCAGUUGUCCAUGUUGGUGAAGAAUUCAGGGAUUCAGGUUCAGGUGACGAUUUGACAUCUGAUGGCAGUACAUCGAUUGUGGUGGAUGGAUCAACUGUGCAUCCUACUGAUGUAGGCUCUCAAGAGAAUGUCAGAUCUACUCCUCAACCAUUGCCACCACAAUCUGUCAAGAAGAUGAAUGGUCAAGCUAGCGGGAUAACAUCACCCCAUGAAAAUGGGGAAGUUUUAAUUGUUGUGAACAAAAUUUCCAAUGCUGCCAGAAAGGAAAAGGAUAAUCAAGCUCCAGAUUCCAAGUCAACUCCUUUGCAGGAGAAGAGGCCUUCUCCAGACAGGACCCCAGGCACGACUACAAGAUCAAGUUUACAUUCAGACAAUGGGUCAAUACGAAGUAGUGGGGGUUUGCCAUCAGUCGGUAGAUCUGUUGACCGUUCUGAUGCGGAGAGUGUUUCUACUACAAUAAGUCAGGAUAGCAGGGGCAGCAACAAAGAGAACCGUCUUGGAGGUUCUCCUGCCGACCAAGAUGAAGAAGUUGUAUUGAGAAGGAAGCCGGACUAUGGUGGUAGGGACGUAAAUCGUGCAUCUCGUAGUAAAGAGGAUAUCAUACUUCACAAUUUAAAGAAGAAAACCCGUAAGAGGACCAGGAAGUUUGAAAUUGAUGGUGUCGUUGUUACUACCACUACUAGUCGUGUUAUUUAUGGUGAUGAUGAAGAUGGAGGAGGUAUUUAUGAUGAUCAUAUUUUGAGGAAGCAGGAACUUCGAGAGUUAAAGAUGCUCCAAAAACAAGAGCAGAAGCAAUUCCAGGACCUAUCUUUUAAGGCUCAGUUUGCUAAAGACAACCAAGAGAAGAAAAUUGGGCAAGAACGUGAUAGUUUAUGUAGAGCAUAUGACCAAGAUUUAGAUGGAUUAAUUCGUCAACAAAAGCAAACUGUUGAAAAGAUUGAAACUCAACAGGAUAGUGAACUUCGAGCUGCGUCAAAGAAAAUACGUGCUGAACAGGAAAGAGAGUUAAAAGAGUUCCGUGAAAGUCAAAAACAGGAGUUGAGACUUCUGAAACAAGAGGUGGACCUUAUGCCAAAGGAUAAGAGAAAGAGUACAUUCAAGGCCCGCAAAGAAAAGUUGGAGGCUGAACAUGAAGAAAGAGAAAAGGCAUUCUUGGAAAAGUUAAAUGAAAAUCACGAAGGCUCAUUACGGAGACUUAGUGAUGCUCAUAGAGAUCGCAUAGCACUAACAGAAAGACAAUAUCUUCAACAAAAACAGCAGCUUAUGCGAGCUCGUGAAGCUGCAAUUUGGGAAAUGGAAGAGCGCCAUAUUCAUGAUAAGCAACAGUUAGUCAAAAAACAAUUAAAAGACAUAUUCUUUUUGCAAAGGCACCAAAUGUUAUGCAGACAUGAUAAGGAACUUGAACAAAUCAAAAGAAUGAACAUAAGGAAGGAGGAGGAACUGUUAAAACGUCAAACAGUUGAAAAGAGGGCUCUUCCCAAAAGAAUUCGUAAUGAGAUGAAAGCCCGUGAAAUGAUGUUCCGUGAGUCUGUUCGUAUUAAUUCACAUUCACAUUCCGACCCUGAUGAAGAACGAGAAAGACUGAAAAAGUUUCAAGAAAAUGAGAAGAAGCGCUAUCGAGCUGAACAAUCUCGAUUUGAACUGAAACACAAGCGACAGUUGGAAGAACUACGUGCUACAUCUGAUGCCACUAUUAAGGAGUUGGAACAGCUUCAAAAUGAAAAACGAAAAAUGCUUUUGGAACAUGAGACAAUGAAGCUCAAAGAGCAGGAAGAGGCAUACAUGAGAGAACUGAAGGAAUGGAAAGCCCACCUGAAACCACGUAAACAGAAACUAGAGGAGCAAUUUGCCUUGCAACUAGAAGAGCAAGAGCACAUGUUUGGACCUUCCCAGCCUCUUCCAUCUGAUCUGUCUGACCUUGGACAUCACAUGGGCUCAACUCGGAGCAGUAUAUCAUCAGUCUCUGGUGAAGGCUAAUGUUAUGAUCAUACUAAUAUGGUUUCCAAUGAAAAGAAAACCCCAUGUGUGGGGGAAGUAUUACCCAUCAAUCCAUAUAUUUGAAUAUUGUGUUCAUAUUGGUUUUAACAAGAGAUUCUACUGUCUGAAGUUCUUACUUUAAACCGCUCUCAAGUUUGAAACCAUGAUGCUCAAGCUGUGCUGUUGAAGGGUCUCAAGAACUACUGAUACCAGAAGUCUGUGUCCUGAACUGCCUUAAGCCUCAAGCACUGUAGGUGGCCUCUGUCUUAUUUAUAUGGUGCGGUUCUCUGGAAUGCUAGUCCCAAUUUACUGUAUUACUACUUAGGAGUCUAUGGUCAGGUGUCCUUCCCUCUGUAAGAGUCCCUGGGUUCCCCCCCUCCCCAACUGACUUGGAAAAAUGACUGACAUUAUGUGCCACAAUGGAAUGAACCCCACGCUGUGUAGCUUUAUAGUCUGCUAUUUUGGCAUGUUUGUCUUGCCAAUCUUUAAUGCUAUUGGUCGUUAACUUCAAUAUAUUCAAGUGAUUGUCAAAUUAAUUAUUGUGACAGUUUUCAUUUCCUUGAGCUGAUGGUGAUCGCAUUUAAUUAACCCUUCCUUAUUGUGUGCCAAAUUUGUAUGUUUUUAAGAGAUUUAUUUUGACAGCUGAAGUUAAUUAUGUCGUACAUUGCUGUUGAAAAAGUAUGUAUAGAGAAACCAGAAGUGAUAUGUAUUGGUGGCUGUUGAAGACUGAGUUUUCAAUUAUGUAUAAACAAUAGAAGGUGAUGCACUGUGUGAUAUUGAGAGUGGGAAGCUAAUCCAGUUGUUUGGAAAUUUAUGUAAGUGAAAUGUCACUCCCCACUUACUUCACAAAACGAUCAAUUACAAUUUUGAAUUUUAUCAUCCGUACUAAACAAUUCCAACCAUGAUUCUUUGUAGAUGUUGUGUUAUUUGCAGAUCGAGCUGUUAAUUAAAAUUCAAUGGGUUGAGCUCCCGUAUCAUCUGUAAUUUUUAACUGAAUUAGCUUCAAGGUUCAGUAUUAUGCCUUGGAUGAGCUGUGUUGAAAGCAUUCUAUUGUUAACACUUUUUAUUUAUAUCAUCUAUCCAUUCAUGUAUAGAACAUCACAAUUUGUGAUCCUUGUAUAUACCUGUAGGUACCACAGCCUGUAAAUCUGUUGCUUGAUUAAUUAUUAUGACAUAUAUAUUUUUUUCAUGUGAAAUUAGUUAUGGAUAUCUUUUAUAUGUUUAAAAUAAUGUUGGUCUCUAAAGUUUUAAAGGUGUAUAUUUUUAGUCAAAUCCUUAUUGUAUAUACCUCUUCUUACCUAGUGCCCUGGUCAUGUUUCACUUGGUUCUUAUAGCAAACCUACACUUUUAAAAAGAACUGUUUUUCUUCCAUGGCAUGUCUUUUACAUUGUCUAUUGAGGAAUGAAAUUGUUAUGCUAUGAUAGACAUAGCAAUAAAUGUAAUUUGCUUUCUUACAUGGGAGAGAAAGAGCAGAAUGUAGAGUAGAUGUAGGUUGUUGUUUUGAUAGGCAUACUAUGUUAUGGAAGGAGAACAAAAUUUUUGCUUGUAUUGCUUCAUAAUGUACAUAUUUAUUGUACUCUAAUUUUGUAAUGUAUUUCAUAAAAUCAGGUACAUUAUUA